GCGAGAUGGAGCCUCUGCACGGGACACACACAUCGGCGGGGGCUGUGAGCGUGUCGGUGGCUACUGCAGCGGCGGCAGCGUCAGCAGCAGCCACGGCGACGGCGGCGUACCCGUUUAAUAAUGAAGAUGGCUCCGCCCCGCUGGCUUUGUCCCUGGGCGGCGCGCGUCCGUCAGCGCGACUCCACCACGCCAGCAGCCUGAAGAGACGCUGCCUGUCGGUGGCCUCCCAGUCCGCCACAGCCGCCGCUAACGCCGCUACCACCGAGGGGAUCGAUAUCACCGCCAUCAUCUGCUCCUCGCAGAUGUCCGUGGUGGCCUGCGUCAACGGCCUGCGCACCGCCGCCAACCCCUCGCCCCCCUGCUCCUCCACGUCCUCCUCCUCCACCUCCUCCUCCGUUGUGACGGGCUUCCGCUCGGCCCACCUGCCCCAGUCCUUGCCUCUGGCGUCCAGCCCCCGGCCCCUGCAGGAGACCUGCCAGCUGCCCUCGCCUGCCACCUGCCUGCUGGCUCUCUCCUCCACCGCCUCCUCCUCCUCUUCCUCCACCUCUUCGUCCGUGUCCUCCUCCUCCUCUUCCUCGUCGGUGUCGUCCUCGGUGGAGCCGGAGCCCAUGCAGCAGGGUGGCGGGGGUGGUGGUGGGGUGGAGGCCCUGGGGCUGCUGAUGGGGGUGGGUGCUGGGGCUCUGAUGGGUGGAGGAAGCCUCCAGCAGCAGCCGCAGCAGCAGCACGGUGGAGAGGCCGGCUCCCUGCUCGAGGGCUGCCAGAGAGGAGCGUUGAAACAGGAGCCUCUGGACGACUUCUCUCCCGGCAACGAUGACGAGCUCUUUCAGCACCAGCACCAGCAUUACCUCCACCACCACCACCACCACCACCGCCUCCACCAACACCAGCUGUCGUCCCGCAACCACCAGCAGACCCCCCGGCACUCCCACCCCCACCACCACCACUCCCACGCGGCCCCCCCACACCCAUCUAUGCCCCCUCCCUACCACCUGCACCAGUACGUGGGCGCCAGUCCAGGGGCUCUGCUUCACCUCCAGGGCCAGUCGGCGGUGAGCUCAGCCCUGGGGCCCACACCCAAAGCCCUGGGCCUGGUGGGCCAGCAUGGCGGAGCAGCCUCCGUCUCCGGCGCUACCCCCACCUCCGCCGGCGGGGAGAGGGAGGACGCCGGCUCGGGCUCGGCGUUCGGGGACAAGCAGCUGUGCCGCUGGAUUGACUGCAGCGCCACCUACGAGCAGCAGGAGGAGCUGGUGAGGCACAUCGAGAAGGUGCACAUCGACCAGCGCAAGGGCGAGGACUUCACCUGCUUCUGGGCCGGCUGCAUCCGCCGCUACAAGCCCUUCAACGCCCGCUACAAGCUCCUCAUCCACAUGAGGGUCCACUCGGGAGAGAAGCCUAACAAGUGCAUGUUUGAAGGCUGCAACAAGGCCUUCUCCCGCCUGGAGAAUCUGAAGAUCCACUUGCGCAGUCACACUGGGGAAAAGCCCUACCUGUGCCAGCACCCUGGCUGCCAGAAAGCUUUCAGCAACUCCAGCGACCGCGCCAAGCAUCAGCGCACACACCUGGACACCAAACCGUACGCCUGUCAGAUCCCAGGGUGCACUAAACGCUACACGGACCCCAGCUCCCUGCGCAAGCACGUCAAGAUCCACUCGGCGAAAGAACAACAGGUGCGUAGGAAGCUGAGGCCAUGUCCGCACCUGGACACGGACGCCCUGACUGACUGCCUGUCCGUCCAGCACCUGCAUCAUGGCUCUACCCCCUCACAACAUCUCCUCUGCCCCACUCCCGGCCAGCAGCAGUCCUCUCUCAAUGGCAAAGAUGGCCGCUCCCCUGGCCUGGGACAGGACAUCUUCACAGGCUUGUUCGCUGGCUCCAGCACCCCCCAUCACGGGGCCACGGUGGAGAUGCUGUCCCCCGGCCCCGACCUGCCCCCGCGACAGCCCCGCCUGGACCGUGACAUCGGCGGCAGCCCCCACCAUCUCUCCCCUCUGUCCAGUAUGGAGAGCGCCAGGGAGGGCAUGCCAGGCCCUCUGCUGUCUCCAGGCCUCAGCUCCAUGAAGAGUGCAGCCUCGCCGCCCCCGUCUCUGGAGAAGCCUCAGAACUGCAUAGGCAGCCAGCAGCAUCUCCACACACACCACAAGCCAUAUACCAACUUCCACAACCUGCCCUUCAGUGAAGAUUACAGAGGCAACUUUCAGAGCUGCUUCCAUUUCGGAGACAAUUACAGAAUGGACCAGUCAAUCAGCGGUGUUCACCUGGCAGGGGAUUCUCAUGGCUUCAACUCACACCACCAGCACAACGGGUUUCACAUGACCGGCUCGGCCAGCUCCUCCGCCGCAGGGUUCAGCCUGGUGCCGGAUAUCCAGGGCUCAGGUUGCCAGUUUUCUCCAGGCCCAGAGGAGAGCGUCUUCUUUCAGGUGGGCAGCUUUGAUCGCGGCCUUGGCCAGAUGUCUUCGGUGUACACAGAGACGUGAAUGUUCAACAACAAAAAGAUCAACAUAAGAAAAAAAAAAACGAAAGGCUGGACUCACCAUCAACAACACCACCACCACCAGCCAGCCACCUGCUCAAGCAGCAGAAACCUUUCCCCACUCUCCCUUUUCAAAGUUCUCUCUCAGUCUGUGUACAAGGUUUACAUCAAACACCCAAAGACUCAUUUCCUACAAGAGAGGUAUUUCAAUGAACUUGUCUUUUCAUGGUAGCAAAGCAAAGGGACUGCUGAAUGUCAUGGACAGGUCAUGGACUGCAGUUGUCAGUUGGGCAAGCAUACUUCAAAUCGCUUACAUUUUAUACCUCUACUGUCUCCACACAGCUCCCAUCAGUCCCAGCUAUCACCAUUAUGUGCUUGAGGAUUGCUGCAUCCAAACCCUAUGGAAUAUCCAUGUUGUAGCAUAAACUCAGAAAUACAUCUCCAGCCACCUGUUUUGUAAUUAUCUACAUGUGAAUCUGGCCCUCCCAUUCAAGCAGUUUUUUUUUCUCCCCCCUUCCUUCCCAUCCUCUAUUGGCUGAAGUGUAGAGAGAAAUAUUUAGUUUUGCAGUGUUUGUCCGUGGAAUCACGCUUGCAAUGUUUUUGUUUUGUUUUUAUAUCAGAGGGAUCAGGGCGAAUGGGUGACUUGCAACUUGCUUUGAACAGGAAAUUUGUUGCAAGACUGUCCUCUAGUUAUGUUCUAAGUUUAACAUUCUUAGCAUCUGAGCAAUCCAUAUCGUCUUUGGCUCUUGCUCAGUUGACUUUGGCAGGGCUCACAGUAUGAAGGGCUCUGGUAUUUCUACCAGUUUUCACUUUCAAAGCGCAAUUGUAGCAUCUCAUUGAGCAUCACUGGGGGUAUUCAAAUGUUUUUUUUUUUUUACUUUUUCAGACUUAAAGUGAAGAGGACAGUGUUGUGCAUCUCUCGAUCAACUCUAUCACCAGCUGUAUAAAGUGUACAGUUUGUUUUAAAGUGGUUUCUAUUGUAUUUUUCCUCUUUUCAAAGUUUAACAAAAUAAAUAACUCAAUUCAUUUCAAUUCAUUCAUUUCCCAUAUCCGCAGUCAUAGACACUUGCGUCCUGAGUUUAAUUCUGUUUUGUUGAUAUGUGGAAUAUAUUGUUUUUUGUUGUUUUUUAAAAUGCUCAACAGAAACUGAAACCCAAAGUCAGUCAGUAACUGAAUUACUAUGAUGGUAAUAUAGAGUGAAGGGCUACUUUCUGAACAGUGUGUGUGUGUGUUUUUUUUGGGUGUGUGGGUGAUUUUUCGAGCACCAUGUUCCUGUAUGAGCCGUGGAUAAGAAAGUGAGCACACUUGGUCACACAGUGACCUCUAGUGGAGUUAUUCUGAACUAAAGAAUGCAGGGAAAUAUCCUACAGAUGUAAUGGUAACCA